AUGGGUUGCUCUUACUCAUGUGCCUUAUUUGAGAAAUUUGCCACCUUUUUGGAAUGGCUAGUCAAGUAUCGGUCCAAACUAGAGUCUGUUGUACAUUAUUUAGAUGAUUUUUUGUUUGGUGGGGCUAAGGAUAAUAACGAUUGUACCAAGCUAAUGCAGGAAUUUUCAGGUAUUGCUUAUGAGUUGGGGGUUCCUUUAGCAGAGGAAAAAACCAUUGGUCCCUCCCACAUUCUGACUUUUCUUGGCUAUGAACUGAAUACCCUAGAAUUUACCAUUCGGAUUCCAGUGCGGAAAUUAGAGGAAUUUAAGUCCUUGCUCAUGGGGCUACUUGGUUUGGGGAAAACAACCUUAAAACACCUUCAGUCAGUUGUAGGAGUCUUGAAUUUCUUUUCCAGAGCCAUCCCCUCAGCCCGAGCGUUCAAUAGGCGUUUUUAUGAUGCUAUGGCUGGUGCUUCAAAGCCCAGUCAUCACAUAAGGUUAUCUCAGGGUAUUAAGGAUGACAUCAGAGUCUGGCUAACAUUUCUAGAAUUUUUCAAUGGUUGUUCCUACUUCCCAGAUUCCUUCAGGUUAAGUGAUUCCCAUCUCCAGUUGUAUACAGACAGCGCAGGUCAGUCAAACUUGGGCUGUGGGGCUGUUUUGCAGGCACAUUGGGCCUUUUUCCAAUGGCCUAAAGCUUGGGGUAACUCAGAUGUUAUGAGGGACUUGACCUUUUAA